CGAGUAAACACGUGUGAAGAGUAGAAUCACGCAUGCUCUGCACCUGAUACAAGUGCGGCCCAGUCAUUUGGAAAGUGGUGAGAGUGUUUGUAGUGGAUACGAAGGGUUGCAGACACGGAGCAUCUUGUCUCACAUCCGGUAUUUAAGACAGAAAUAAGAACCUUGACACAAAUUUCUGCUGAAGAAGGGGAGAAGGUUAAAAGACAUACAGACACUAGCAACAUCGGAUCGUUUCAUUUUUUGAAGAUUUUUCAAUUGAAAAACUCAUGCCUGGCUUAACUGGAAGAAGAAAAUUAUUUUUAUCAUCAUUAUUACAAUUUCUUAGUAAUUGUUUAGCUUGACAAAAGAUGGAUUCGAAAGGUAUUCUUCCAUUUUUGAUCGUAAUGAUAACGAGUCGUAUUCAUCACGCUCAUCCGCACCGGAAAGAGAGAAAUCUUCAGAAAAGUGUUCAUCAAUCUCUAGCGAGUGAUGUCGAUAGCGAAAUUAUCACAAGCAGAACGACAGCAUAUCUUUCGUGUGAAUCGGGAGAUAUGGUUGUAAAGAUUAAUUUUACUGAACCAUAUCACGGGGUGGCAUACGCAAAUGAUAGGUUUAGUCCUUGUCGUUUCUAUGGAGAUGGAAAAAAAUAUUAUGAAAUGAGGAUACCGUUGAAAGGAUGCGGAACGAAACAGGAGAAAGCCAGAGUGUUCAUCAAUAAUAUAUUAGUGCGCUUUCAUCCAUCUCUAGAACUGGAAGGAGACGAAAUCAAAACCAUUAUCUGCCGUUAUCCUCCACCUCUAGCCCCUCCACCAAAUAAUAUCGUGGGACCUAUAAUAUAUCCAACAACUCCGACCAUACCAGAAACUCAACCGAAAUUAUCCGAAAUUGAUAUAUUGAUUAUCAUUUGCACGAUUCUCUUCAUAUCAUUGCUUAUUCUUGGUAUUGGAAUUGCAUAUUUUUGCUUAAAACGAAGAAAUAUUCAUUUAGUAAGAAGAAAACAAGCACCAUCCCUGGCACCGAGUAGCCAAAUUACAAAAUUGACCGGUUCUUUGAUAUCAGAAUUCGAUUCCAUCAGAAUUCCACGUGCAACUGCUCUAUCCACAGCAGGAUCCGAAGCAAUUCUUCUCGCUUCAAGUGCCAACAAAAGUGAUGCCAGUACUUCAGAUUAUCCAAGCGAAACUCCAUCAUCUUUGAGUUCUUUAGAUGAUUUAGAUACGAGAGGAAGCGAUUAUCACUUAGAUUCCGAACCAGUUUAUGCAGAUAUUCAAAGGAAAUUCGUUCAACCGACGUAUCCGAAUCACGCAUCGAAAAUUGAAGUGAGAAAUUACGAUGAUUUCUUUAUUACCAAAACGUCGAAAACUACACUUACCGAAGAAACUAUCAAUACAAGAAAAGUUUACGACAAAACCAAUCCCCAUCCUAGUCAAUGGAAUGUUAUGUUUCGCAUUUUAAAUUCCCCAAAAACGAUCGAAGGUAUGGAUUUGUUAACAGAAAAGGAUAAAGAAUUAUUGAAAGAUAAAAUAGUCGACGACGGUCGAUUUCGUCAAUUGAUACAAGAAGCUACGACCAAUCGCGAUAUGGACAUUUUAACGAAGGAUUCGUGUUAUUCUCACAUGUACAAUCCAGAAAAAUGGAGUGUCAUCAUACGAAUUCUUAAUUCUUGCGAUCGUAACGAAUGGAGAAACGUCCAUCAUUCACCUGUACCAUCUUCGAGAGCCAAUUCCAUUCGCUCUUUGACAGAAAUAGACGUUAACUUCAACCAUUCUGAUGGAGAAGAAUCAAUUUCCAGCAUGCCAAUGUCACGUGUGGCGCAGGAGAGAUCAACAUCGGAAUACUUAGAGGUUAUUCCUGUCAUAAGCAGGAGAAAUCAUUCCAAUUAUUCAUUUUCUGAAUAUUCCGCAGCCAAGAAUUUGGAUUCUCAGAAUUCACGAACUGUUAAUACCAAUGUUACCCGCGUGCCAAGUAUUGGGGAAAGAGAAACUGUUAAAUCUGUAACCGAAGAACACGUUUGCGAUUGGCAGAAAUAAUUAUUUUUAAAAUAAUAAAAUCGUGAAAUCAUUUUGCAAUACGAAACUGUGAUAUUCUGAUUUCUUUACUUGUAAUUUUUAAA